UAACUAAUUUACUGUCUACUUAUGUUGUAAAUCUAAUUGUGAAAUGUAUCUUUGGCUGCAGACUAUUUUAAAAACACUUCAUAUAAAGCAGAAAAGAAUAAAUAUAUCCAAUGAAAACACAUAUACACAAUAGAGAACACUAGUGUUCUCAAUACUAUUACUAUUUAUUUUCCACAUCAACCACAAGUGAGAAAAUGCCAAAUUAGAAUGUAUGUCAGACAAAAAAAGUGCGUCACACACGUUGUCCCAACUGUCAACCCUGCGUGUCCUGUCUUCUCUAAGAAUUAGAAUUAGAAGCCACUUGCUCAGUAAACACGGUGAGCAGGGAUUAGGACUAAUAAGCUUCUCUCUCUCUCUCGUCUGCCGCACUCGAUAUGUCUUGAGCUCGAAUGUAGCCCUCAACUUUAGGGAAUUUUCUGCGGACUAUGGACAUAAUUCAUUAUCUGCUAGUGACAGUGGUGUUUAUUUUCAAAGUGCACGGAGGUUUUUCUCAAUGUUUACGUGGGUGCAGCUGUAUAGAAGACCGCCAUGGGAGGUCCCUCAUAUGUAUGGAGGAGGGAGCCUUUGGGACCAUACCACAGAACCUUCCAGAUGAUAUGACCAAAAUACGUAUAGAAAAAUCCCACUUCACUGAAAUACCCAGAGGUGCUUUCUCAAAGACGCCCUCCUUGGAGAACUUGUGGUUGAACUUUAAUGACAUCACGCUCAUAAACUCUAAAGGUCUGGAGGGUUUGAGGAACUUGACCGAGCUCCGUCUGCAGGGGAACAAGCUGCGGUCUGUGCCGUGGGCAGUGUUCGAGGACACCACGGCUCUCAAGAUCCUGGACCUGAAGCACAACCAGCUGGACGUCCUCCCGGAGCAUGCGCUGAAAUUUCUGCCAGGUCUCACUUACUUAGAUUUAUCCUUCAAUCGGCUUACGGUCAUAUCGAAGGAGGUUUUCCAAAACUGGCCUCUGUAUCAGAAGCUUCAGAGUGUGGAAGGAGACCAUGAGCCAACCAGCAUUGGGUCCAACGUUGUGUUGGCACUCCACAACAACUCGUGGCUCUGUGACUGCCGCUUGAAGGGCUUCGUGGAGUUCAUCAGGUCACUGAGCCCACCGAUUAUCCUCAUGAACUCGUACUUGACCUGCUCAGGGCCAGACUCUAGGGUGGGCAAGUUCUUCCAUGAGGUCGAGCUGCAGGCCUGCAUGAAGCCCGUGGUCAGCAGCCCAACCUCCAACAUCAGCCUGCCCCUGGGCACAAACCUCACACUGCGCUGCCUUGCCAAGGCCAGGCCCGACCCCACAGUGUGGUGGACAUAUGGGCUGAAGAUAAUCAGAGGAUUUCAUGAGUCUCAGGAGAGAGUGGAUGAAGACACAAUCAGAUCCCUCCUGGUGAUUCCCUCCCUCCACACAGCUGACCACGGUAUCUUCACCUGCACCGCUGUCAACUUCAUCGGCAACUCCUCUGUCAGUAUCUUCCUGGAUGUUCUAUCUCCUGACGACCCUCACUCGUCUCGCCUCCCUGGUGCUGCACCUUCUGCACCUAGUAAUGAAAACGUCUUCAUCGACGUCCGCAUCGCCAAACAGACAGUUCGUGGCAUCUCUAUCGAGUGGUACGCCGCCUUGGAGCGUCCUGCUGAAACCUGGUUCACCAUCCAUUUUGGCCGAGCAGAUACAGACAAGAGGGAAAUGAUCUACAUCGGCCCCGGCAUCCACUCUUACUCCGUCUCUGAUCUGCUGCCUGCCACCAAAUAUGAAAUCUGUGUGACACUCAAGAGUCAGACACCACGUCCAGGCCAGUGUAUUGUUUUUGUCACAGGAAGUGACAUCACUGAGAUGGAACAGAGGGAAAAACUGAUUCAUAUAGUGGUGAUAGUUUUGGCCAUGGUGCUGGCGGUGCCCAUAGGUAUGUUCGCCUGCACCACUGACACUAAGUUUGCUUGUCUGGAGGGAAUCAUGAAAUUCUGGAAGAAGCGGCGGAGAGAGGGCAGAUCCUCGGAGACGGAGGUAGAGAGGCAAGGCACCUUCGACAGUUUGCAGGCCGCCAGCGACGAGGGCCUGGUUAAUAAAGACUCCAGUGAAGACAGGAAGGUGAGGAGGAGGUCAGACGACAGAGGGCUUAAAGGCAAAUCUGAACAAAGCCGGAUCACAGCCGAGGAGUGUGUUGCAAGAGUGUAAUUCAAGGAUUUGCAACCAUGUAUGUGCAGCGGUAACUCCCUCUCUGAAGUAUAGGAAACAUUUGUCUUCUUAUCAUGUUUAUCAUAUAAUGAAAUCAUGGUAUGUUUAGAUGGAAAUGAUACAUUUUGAAUUACUGCUUUAUUUAAAGCCUAUAUGAUUGAUUUCAACUAAAAAUCACUUUUCUGUUAAUAGUGUAAUGAUAAAUUACAUAAAAUGUAUUAUGUAAUUUUGACUCAAUUUGUUUACAUUGUUAUUGAAUUUGGUCUAUUUUAAAUCUUCUCUUAACCCUAUGUCAGCCUAAAUCCAAAUUCCUAAGUGACACAUAGUAUAUGAUUAUGUUGAAUGCUUGUUUCCACAAUCUGUAAAGUGUACAACACAAUAUCGCUCUUAAUUGUUCAGGUCCUCUCAUGUUUGUGUUUGUCCACAUGACACCUUUGCAUAGUUGCUUUAAAAGCAAAUCCAGUUUAUGCUGCGACACACAUUUAAUUAAAUAGAUUUAUUAUUAAA